CUUGGCGUGUCAAGGAGAGCGAAGAAGAGGCUGCAGACGUGUGUAGCAGCAAGUAGGAAGCACGAUGGCAGCACAAAGGCUGACAGCUUGAUUUUCGUUGCUGUGCUUGCUGCGGUUGUUGUUGGCAGGAUGGCAGGGGCAGUCGUGGAGCUGGGCGAAUACAUCGUCAGGGGUCAGUCAGAACGCGCAGAGCACAGCAACACAAGAAGGAUGGACACGUGAGCCUUUCUUCCCUCUCUCUCUUCUCAUUCUGUGUUGCAUCUGCCCACCCACCCACCCAUCCUCCUUCACUCACUCACUGUCCACACAGAGUCUCACAAUCCCGAGAAUCUGCAUGCGGUCGAGUUGGCCGACGAGAUGAACAACAUCCUGACGGCCAUGAAGCUGGCGUGCAAGGUCAUCAACCGGGAGAUAUCCAAGGCCAACACAUACGGGGUGGACACCACCAGGUCGGGGCUCGCAGAGGACAUGCCCUCACUCGCCAACAGGCGCUUCCUCGACGCCAUGGUCAACAGAGAGGUCAGUGAGUGAGUGGGUGAGUAGAGAGGGGGGCGUCCUGUGACCACGAAUCGACUUGUGUGCCUUGCGCGUCUGUCUUAGGUGGUUGCGGGCAUUGCCACAGCGUUCCUUGACGACUUUGUGGCCAUCCCCAACUGCAAAAACAAGGGGUGAGGGGCAACCCAGGACACACAGCAGGCAUGCACAGUGAACAAACAAGAAAGACACUUCUGAUGCUUUCUUUGUCUCGAUCAACAGGUUGGUGCUGCUGAUCCAUCCGCUGGACGGCAGUCGGCAGAUCGAUCUCAACGUGUCGGUCGGGACGCUAUUCUCCAUCUACAAGAGGUUAACACUGCGCAGCACAGCACAAUGACACUUACGAGGGCCAAGGGGCCACGUAUCGGGGUGUGUUGAUUGAUUGCUUCAGAGUGACCAAGAAGGGCGACCCCGUUGAGUUGCGUGACUUCCUACAGCCGGGGUGCAACCAGGUGUGCGCCGGAUACGUCAUCUAUGGCUCAUCAACCAUGAUGGUAUGUAUCCCAAGCACACACACACACACACACACAUGCUUAAAAGCAGCCCUUCCCCACUCUCUGUUUGGCCGCUGAUAUGUGCAGGUGUUCACGAUGGGCAAGGGCGUCACCGGAUUCACUCUCGUGAGCAACUCAUGCCAUAUGCCGACACUGACACCCCCCCUCACCCACACCUACUCAUUGAGUCUCUUCAUGGGCAUGGGUGGGAUGCGUGUGUGCAUGUAGGACCCGAGUCUGGGGACGUUGUAUCUGUCCCAUCCGCGCGUCAAGAUCCCCCAGGACGGCAAAAUCUACUCGGUCAACGGCGGCAAACGCAGGAGAUUCCCAAAGGGCGUCACCGAAUACAUCGGUAGGAGGGCAGGGCAACAAACACACGGACGGGAGAGCAGCGGAUGGAUGGACCCUAUGUGUGUGAGCGUCUGUGUGUGAUCAGAUUACUGCCAGGAUCGUGCAUUCUCUCUGCGCUACAUCGGGUCGCCCAUCGCAGGUCACCCACACAGGAGGGACCACAGGGGGGGAGCGAACGGUGGCUUCAUGUGCCUGUGCACGUGUGCGUGUGUGUGGAUCAGAUUUCCACCGGAACUUGCUCAAGGGCGGCAUCUACGUAAGAUCGAUGGACACAUCGACAUGGCCUUUCUGUACUGCCCGCCAGAAUAUUCAGCUAUCUCCCUUUCUGUGAUCCUUCCUGUGUGUUUAGAUCUAUCCCCCCGUGAGCCAUCCACACACAACAUCUGUGGCUGUCGCACCACACAACGCAAAAACCACACAGCCAACAAUACCCUCUGUUCGUCGGCCAUUCGUAUUGUUUGUGUGCAGACGUUUGUGGACCCGAAGCCGUCUGUGUCGAUGGUGUUUCAGUGCAACCCCCUCUCAUUCCUUGUCGAACAGGCCGGAGGCAAAGCCAGCGACGGGUGGGGUGGGUGGGGGGGCAAACACGACACGGACGAAUGGAUGGAUGCAUUGUGGUGACCCUUGUAUGUCAUAUCGAUGUGUGUGUGUGUGUGUGUGUGUGGUGUCAGGUUCACGCGCAUCCUGGACAUCGAGCCGACGGCACUGCACGACCGCAUCCCAUUCAUCUGCGGUGGGUCAACGACUUGGGGCGUGUCGAGCCAUUGCAUGCAUCCAUUUGUGUGUGAGCGUCUGUGUCUGUGUGUGUGUGUGUGCGUCAGGGAGCCCACUGAUGGUCGAGAAGGCCGAGGGUUUCAUGGCCAGAAGUGAGCGAGACACACACAGAUGCACACAGACACCCACAAUCGAUGGAUGUAACGGAUUCUGCUGUCGCGCCCCCCUGCACCUGUGUGUGUGUGUGUCUGUGUCGCAGAGAAGAUGGCCGACGGUGGCUGGUGCUUCUCGAGGCAGCCGGCGGUCAACGGUAAGAAAUGAGGUGUCAGCCGCUCGUCCCUCUUCAAUCCAUUUUUCUCCGAAAUGCAAGACAAGACGAGACGAUGCGGCCACACAUCCAAUGGAUAUGCGGUGGCCUUGUGACGUGAUGCCUGGACUGGCAGGGAGGGAGGGAUGGGGGAAUGGAAGCCGAGUGCCUGUCGUGUGCACUUGUCUGCUGCCUAUUUUUGACAUGCAUGCGAGCCUGUGUGCCAUUACGUCUGUGUGCGUGUUGGAGGGCAUUAUUUCUCAUCGGGGGGCUUAUUUCCUGGCGUGGCGACAAGGGCAUCGCGAUGCGGUUGGGCGUGUCCACGUUGGAUAGUAUGUGGCUGGCGAACCGACCUGUGUACAAUUUUGACUGACUCAAUGGACAGAGUCAUGGAAAGCGUCACCACGAUGUCCAUCCAGUACAGCCGAUGAUGACCGACCUAAAGGAAGACAUAACGAUGCCGAAAUAAUGCCUGACUGACUGA